AUGGAUCUGGGUGGAGGUAGUGAAGUUGGGAGUAAGUUCCCUGGGGCCCCUGGAAUGGGUAUGCCGGGUCCUGAAGGAAUGAUGCCAGGUCACCCAGGAGCGCCCGGCUUUCCAGGCCGAUUUCCAGGUCGAGCAGGUUGUCCACCUGGAGCGAUGCCGCCAGCCGGUUUCGGAAUGUUUCCCGGUGAUCCACGAGCAAUGCCAGGACAACGAAUGCCACCGAACGCGGCAAUGCGUAUGCCUCCUGCUUCAUUUGCGCCAGCUGGAAUGCGACCUGGUGCACCUGGAGCACCACCAGCGCCUCAGGGUAUGAGAUAUGGUGCGCCGCCUGGUGGUGCAUUCAUGGACUCACCCGGUCAAGCUUUUCCUCCUGGCGCAGGUAUGAUGCCAAAUGGGGGCGGUGUGAUGUGUUCACAGGCACCGGUUGGUAUGUCCAUGUCCUCACCGGUAAUGCCGCCUGCAGGAGCGGCUGAUCCGCAUGGCUUCAUGAUGAGCGGCAUGCCAUCCAGCUCAACCGCAAUGCCAUUUGGCAUGGGAGAUACAUCAGUAACCAUGGGUAAUGGGAUGGGACCCACACCUAUGGGAGCAUCGAAUCCACCUGGACCUGAAGGGGGCCCUCUCACUGGAUUACUGAAUGGAGAAGAACUGAAACAGUCACCAGCUUCAACCCCGCGAGGUGGUGUUAACGGAGGAACUCCCGCUCCACCGGGAUCAGCACACAGCAUGCAUCCCGCAUCAGUACCCGGCGUACACGGCGGGACAGAUCUCAUGGAUCAGCAGAGUAGUAAAGUGAGUUAUCUUUGA